AUGGCCAUGUUGCUUCAAGGUGUACACCCGUUUAUCGUUUUUAAUGGACCCCUUCGACCUAAAGCAAAAUUAAAGACCGAAUCAACACACCGUAGCGAAAACGAAAAGAAUCCACGACAAAUCAUACCUAAACUGCAAGAGGAUUGCAUCAAGUAUCUCGAGGAGAUUAAGGUGCGACAUAUUGUUUCUCCGUAUGAAGCUGAUGCCCAGCUGGCGUAUUUGGCCAGAAGCGGGUAUAUCGACGUGGUUAUGAGUCAAGACAGCGACAUGCUAGUAUAUGGAUGUCCUGCUGUUGUGUGCAAAAUGAAUCUUUUAAGAAUGCCAAGAAGUAGCCAUAUCACAACAGCAAAAAUGGGGAUGGGGAUUGAAGUGACGCUAGAGCGACUGCUAGCUAAGUGGAAUAUGAGCUUUGAAUCCUUUCAAGAUAUGUGUAUACUUGCAGGCAACUCCUAUACACGUUCACUACCAGGAGCUUCUUUGAACACGGCUUACAAGGAUAUUAUUCAGUUCGGCACCCUUGAGAAGCAUGGAUACUUGGAUCAGCAACCUAAUUACCAUCAAGAAUGCCUCUUGGCCAAAGAAACGUUGCGAAACCAGCCUAUACGGCAUUGUGGCUCAUCUAAUGCGGUGGUACCGCUAUCUCAAGCAAUUGAGGAAUAA